AUGGUAGGAUAUCCUGAGCGCCGAACUGACACCCUCCUCGCUAUCCUUGGGGCCUUGGUCGCGAUCAACCCUAUACUCAGCGGUGCUCGCGAUGUUUCGGUACCCUUGGACCCGCUUGGCCCGCUCAAAGUCGCCCUUGACUAUGCCCUUGCAACAACUUGGCCAGAGGAGCGACGUCUUACCAACGUCCAGCGCAAUUUGCAAUUUAGCAGCCACAUCGUGUUCGUAAGUCGCGUCGGGGAUUCUGAUGAGGAGAACCCUCCAGUCUCAGACGGACAACUCUGGCAAAUCGCGCGAGAUGCGCAGUAUGCCAUCAGCAAAACAAAAGAACCCAAGGCCAUGGGGAUUCUGGCCUGGGGCAAUGAAUUCAUCAUUGCCUCCUCUAUAAGGGGAGCGGGCCAUUUCUCCUAUGACUUUCUCAAAGGCGAGACAGCAGUCAGCGAAACAAAGGUUGGCACGUGGGAACCAACAGAUCCAUGUGGAACUGACAGUGAGAUCAGGGGCUCAGGGCCAUUAGUACAAGCACACCCACCAGCGCCAUACACGCUGGCAAACCUUGCAGGAGGCCCGACCAGGAUCGAGCAGAUUCAGUUAUGCGGGGGUCAACCCAGAGUGUUUGUUGGUUAG